UACGUACUCUUACCAAAGAGACCCGUGUUGCGGGAAGGCGAAAACCCGUUUGGCGCCCUACCAUAUGCUCGAUAAAAUUCCCGAGAGAACACAAAGCAAAACACAGCCAAGAGAAGAGGGACCAUUGACCAAUAAAGCACAGAAUCUGCAAGUAGCUCUAAUAUUUCUUCAAUGGCGUCCUUGUCCACCCCUACUCAAUUUACCGUUACGAGUAAAAGGUCCUCAGCUAGCGAAGCAACUAGAACCCGCUUUACGUGGACACGGCCCAAGUUCCUAGAAUUGCCCAGGUAUCCCUCGAAAAGCAUAUAUUUGUCGAGAAGGGUGUGUUUCAGCGAUGGAAGAGCUGGGAUUAGAAGAAAUCCGCAUGGGGUAGGUGAGAGAGACGGCGUGAUCAUCGUCGACCACGGUUCGCGGCGCAAGGAAUCGAAUCUCAUGCUAAAUGAGUUCGUGGCCAUGUUUAGAGAGAAAACUGGAUACCCAAUUGUCGAGCCUGCUCAUAUGGAGUUGGCAGAACCAUCUAUAAGAGAUGCAUUUCGUUCUUGUGUUGAACAAGGUGCAAAUCGUAUGAUUGUAAGCCCGUUUUUUCUCUUACCUGGACGACAUUGGCUCAAGGAUAUUCCUUCAUUGACUUCUGAAGCUGCAAAAGAACACCCUAGUGUGUCAUAUAUCAUAACUGCACCUCUUGGUCUGCAUGAUCUACUUGUGGAUGUUGUGAAUGAUAGGAUUGAACACUGUUUAAGCCAUGUAGCAGGAGAUGCAGAAGAGUGUGCAGUUUGUGCUGGUACAAGCAAAUGCAGGCUCUAUUAAAUUUAGAAAUUGCAGAACAAAAUCGUAAGGGGGCUCUCUUACAGUGGGGAGCCAUUUCAGUAUUAAAUCUGAUGGAAGCCUCUGGUAAUUGGACAUACGAAGAAUCAUGCAAUUGUGUUCUUGCUAUGAUUUAAGAGGAUGUUCAAUUAUUUGGAGGAAAUCAGGUGAAAUGGAACUUUUUGUCAAGUCUUUUAUGCAGGGAUGUUGCUGUUGGAUGUCAUUAAAGUAAGAACCAUGACAUGUUUGCGUCCAGUCUUGAUCAAUCUGAAGUGUUGUUUUUGCAUCAUUUGAGUUUUCAAUGCUCCUGUGAGGCUAACUGGAUAAAAAUGCUCUAAUGGUGUUGGGGUGCCUCUGCAAAUUUCCUGAGGCAGUCUUGUUGGAUGCAAUAGCUAUAAUAUUAAACGUAUCUGGUACAAGUAUGAAUUCUAUUCUAGAGCGUGGUCCUGGAUGAACCCAUGUUGAUGAGGCUUUUGUCUUUAAUAAUUAUUAAGUUGCAAUGGCACUGCCGUUGUAGUUGUAAUAUACUUGUAAUUGAAGAUUUGUCACCAUAAUGAUAGAACAAAACAUGCUUGGUUCUA